AUGUUUCUGACAUGUUAUGAAAUUGAAAAUUUUUUUUAUUUCAGGUGUAAAAUAGAGCUGGGAGAUGUUACUCCACAUAAUAUAAAACAAUUAAAAAGGUUAAAUUCAGUGGUUUUUCCAGUGUCAUAUAAUGAUAAAUUUUAUAAAGAUGUAUUAGAAGCUGGAGAAUUAGCUAAACUUGCUUAUUAUAAUGAUAUUGUUGUUGGAGCUGUUUGCUGUCGCAUAGAUACCUCAGAAAACCUAAGGAGGCUGUACAUUAUGACCUUAGGUUGCUUGUAUCCAUAUAGACGUUUAGGUAUUGGUACUAAAAUGGUAGAACACGUAUUGAAUUAUGUUGAUAAAGAUGGACAUUUCGAUAGUAUUUUUUUGCAUGUUCAAGUUAAUAACGAAGAUGCAAUUGCUUUUUAUAAAAAGUUUGGCUUUGAAAUAGUUGAAACGAAAGAACGUUAUUACCGAAGAAUCGAACCCGCGGAUGCUCACAUGUUGCAAAAAACUCUUCGCCCUGGUUUGAAAGCAUCAUUGUCGAAUGGAAAAAUCACAAAUGGUGAAAUGAAAAAUUACGAUCAAUGA